CGUAGUCUUCUUUUCACAACAAGAAACUUAAGUUAAAUAUUAUUUAUGAAACCCCAGUCAAUAGCCCACAGAAAAUAAAAUCUAUGAUCUUGCACUCCACAUAUCAAAAAGACACAGGUGCGAAAAAUGGGGCCCACCAAGGUCUUUAGCAGCUGUUUUUAUCAAAAGCCACUUCAUUAUUUAUCUGUAAACAACUUUAUCAACUGGUAAUAACCUUGCAGAAAGAAGUCAUCUCUGAAUAUAUAUAAAAAAAAAGUCUCCAACGUUAUAUAAGCACCCCCAGGUCUCCAAUUUUCCAAAGUCAGUUAAAUCUACACCAAAAAAAAACUCUUAUCUCCUAAGAUAACUAAAAUCAUUCCGAAAUUGUUUUCGCCACUUCGUUACGAAAACAAAGAUCCGUUUCUGUGCAGGUGUGGACUUAUCAAGUGAUAAAAAUGUAUCAAAGGUAUAAAAGCGGUCACUCCGGCGAUCUCUUCGUCAAUCACGUACUUCAAGAUGAGACGACUGAUUUUCGCAAUUUGCCUGGUCGCGUCGGUGUGUGCUUACCACGUCCGAAAACACGACUUCAAGGUGGUAGUGGACGAGCUUGAAAUCACCAGAAAUCCGACAAAGUACAAGCUAGAUGCCGACAAAAUCAAGACCCUGCAGAACCUGUUCGAGGCCGGCGAGUUUCAACCGAAAAUUCACCCCAACCCGCGGGGCACCGAAGCCAAUAUGAAUGACUACGCGGACCAAAUUUUCGCCAACCUUCGGGCCAUGAUGGUCGAGACUGGCUUGGACCCUUUGGAGAUGCCCGACAUUCAUGAAGCGUUUAACUAUACUUUGAUUAUUACGUACCAUGGUGAGCUGGAUUUGACCAAUGGUUGGCUUGCCGACGUUUCCACCAUCCAUCGUGGCGGAGACGUUCUUGCUACCUACGAUACUGAUGUCAAAUUCCUGGAGAUCACUGUUCCUAUAGGUUUUAAUGAUCUUCAGUUCACUUAUGACUACAGCGCUAAAAUUAUGGGUUUGGGUCCUGCGGGAUACAUCGAUGGUCAAGUCACGGAUUUGGCUGUGGAAGUCAAGAUUGGUGUCGACCCUGUGGCUCUAGUUCUGUCUUUGGACGAGUUCAACAUUGUUCAUGCAGGAAAUAUUCAUGUGGAGUUCCAUGGAGACGAUCUGAUUGACUGGUUGUUGGAUUUGCUGGCGGACCUCGUCACCACGCUUCUGAAGAGUGUGGUUUUGGAUCUCCUGGAAGGUAUUGUUCGAGGUGGACUGGAAGAUGCCAUCCAGUCUAUUAACGAUUUAAUUGAUGGGUUGUUGAAUCCAACUACUCCGGCGCCUGAGACUACUCCAGUUGCAUAUUUCUUGAAAUAGGAUGUUUUUGAUAACAAUAAAAAGUGUUCUUAAAAA